AUGAAGCAGAAGACACUCGAAUGGGCAGGUCCCUAUGGCGCCUGGUGUUCAGUCUGUUCCCCAGAGACCGAAGAGACGCACACGAACCUCCCUUUUGGUCUCGUUACUCUCCCUUCAGAACCUGCGAUGAAUGCCGCUGGCCGGACUUCAGACCACCCUUUCAAGGACCUUCGUUCCGCCCGCCGCACCUACCAACGUUCCAAGAGAUACCCUGAGCGCAUCUAUAGCGGCAACAAGCGUCGUCGCUCCGAUAAAGCUCCACUCGCUCGAGUAGCAGCAUCCAAGGAUCCGUACAAGCAGAUAGAAAGCCGAGAAUGGGAGGGCGACUGGGACGCCGACUGGGCACCUGAAAUAGACAUGGAGCGCAUAGACGACAUAGCUGUGUACUACCUCUUCGGCAAGAACGCUGACAUCUUCGAAUACUACAAUGAGGGAGACAUAAUGGCUGGCGAAGAUUUCGGGUCCUGGGCACGACGGCGUAUCGCAGAAAUGCGACAAGUCAAGGAACAUCGUAUACACAGAUACGGUGAACCUACAAGCCCUUCACCACUAUCAGUCUUAUCGCAUACGAUGCGCAACGAUUCGCGUCCCGGUCGUACCAGCGCCACCAUCCUCACAGCGCCCUACGCAAGCUCCCACGAAACAACCCUACCCACGAGUCUCUCGGAUAUUCGUGCGCACCUCACACUAGCCUGCGCCCUCACACCGUCCGAGAAUCUCAGACAGCGCUGCCGUAGCCGCAACCUGCCAGCCUUGCCUAUCAUCUAUGGUUUCGACUGGUGGGGCGAAUAUACUUGGCAAUGGCAUAGGAACAUGUCUGGGUGUUGGUACCUCGGCUACGGGCACGCGUGUCAGGAGAACUGCGAGGAGCCAUGCACACGGCCGUGUUGGGGCCAUAUGCUGUACGAAUGCUGUUGUGAGGAAUUUGGUGUGGGAAUGGAUUGGGAGGUGCCAGCGCCGGAGGAUGUGCAGAGGUGUAGUAUCGUGGAGUGGGUUAGUGGAAAAUUGAGGGAGGAUAUGGAGAACGAUCACGACGAGGUUGUCUGGGGGAGGCUACAAGGAACAGUGAAAGAGGACGAACAGGGUCCAGAAGCUGAUCUUGGUCAAGAGCGGGAGUAUGGGAACUACUUCGAAGAUGAAUAUGUCAUCCUAGGAAAGAGAGACGAGGAUAGUGAUGCAUGGAGUCUCAUCAGCAGUGUUGACGAAAGGUCUUGUUCAUAA